AAAAAAUAGGAAAACCCAUCAACUCAUCACAGCAUUAACUCUACAUUUGUUGGUUGACCAAGGGUUCGAGGACUCAUUGAAUCGGAAGCUGAGAAAGAAAGUAUCAUGAAAUUGAAAUUGCAAGUGGUGCUUAUUCCAGCGCACAUGCUGGAUGUUUCAAGCGAUAAACUUGAUUCUUCGGUUACUAAAAAGUUUCUUCAUUUAACUGAACCAGAAACUACAGUUGGAGAAGUAUGUGACGCUUUAUGUGCACGGUACUCCAAGCUAUAUCCCGAAGAUGAUCCCUUGGACAUUUUCGGUUUGCAGGAUAAUGAUCAUUGUGACCUUGAUCCAGAUUUUGUUAGUAUUGAUGUUUUCAGUCUGGGUGAUAUUCUUCGAGUCUUGGUUAAUAAUGAAUUGCAUUCAGCUAGUCGGCAAAGGAUAUCUUCAGAAGAGACCCAUUCGCUCAAUCCUUUUUAUAGCCAAACUCCUCCGCUGUUACCCCCAGCGCCGGUGCUUGCCCAUAACACAUCUUUUCAACCAAGUUCUAAAAAGAGAACACAAGAGUUUUUCGAAAAAGGAGAUCCCCAAAUUCCAAUUAAAAGGCAGAGGUCCAGAACGAUCUGGUCGGUCAGAAGUAAGUCUUCAAAUAGUCCCACUCCUGAAUCAAGUGCUGCUGCUACCCCUUUAAUUCAUAUGCCUAAAAAGAGAAACCCAAAUAAGCUACAAAUUGAAGACGAUAGUGAAAAGGAGAAUAAUGUGGGUCAUGACUCAAACGUAUCUCCAGAUAGUGAUAUUAAUGAUAGUAAUAUUUCAUUACCACCACCCGAAAUUCCUGAAGAUCACUCGAUCCCCGUUAAGAAGCCUAAUCCGGUUUCUCCUUCAAAUCAAAACUCUACAAGAGUAACUUCAGGAAUGCUUAAUAUACCACCCCAUGCUCAAUUGGAAAAGAAAGAUCUACUAGAUAAAGAAUCAAAACCUAAUUUGAGUGCUCCCUCGAAUGCUUCUUCAAGCUCGUCUUCAAGUUCGUACUCAACCCCUGUACCUGAGCUACCCAAUGAGGAAGCUUCUACCAUUGAUAAUAUUCAAAACAUUGAAAAUAAUCAAGCGGAUGACCAGGACUCCAUCAGUAGAAGUGACAUCGUGAGAAUAUUCAGAAAUGGUCUAAGAGUACCUACAAAGUUGAGACAGCGUUACUCAUCCAAUCCAAUAUCAAAUGAUGCAUCUAACGACUCGUCCAAAGCAAAUGCUAUAAUGAAAUCUUUGGAAAUCGAUAUGGUAAAUCAACAACCUACUUCUAGUGAUAGAAGAUCAAAUUCAAAAAAACCUGAUUAUCCCUCUCGUCCUAAACCAUCUGGCUCUCAAAAUCAGUCCCCUGCUAAUAGAGUAAUUGAAGAAAGUUCGGAAUCAGACUACGUCGAGGAUGAUUUCGACAAUGAAAUUGCCGCCGCAAAUAAUCUGCUGCUUCCAUCCAAACCUUUACAACCAUCUCAAUUGCCUCCUCCCUUUGAUGAAAUUUCAAAUAAAUCUAAAUUGGCUUCGCUCCAUAUCAAGAUGAAAAAAUUCGAACAAAAAUUGGACAGUACAAAAUUGAACUUACAUGACGAGGAACCAGACUCUACAGACUUUAGCAAAGUCGGGAAAUACGAAAAUGAACCGUCAAAUUUAGCUAAAUCACCCCAUGGUCGCAACAAUCCUCUUCCAGUUGAAGAUGAUAAUCUGCAAAACUCUCUCAAGAAAAGUCCUACUCAGAUCCAACAAAAUCACUCUACCGACCUCGAACAAUCAUCUAAACCUCCAAAGUCUCCUUCUCUUUUUAUUGAUUCGAUCGAUAAAAGUCAUCAUACAGAUACAGAAGAUGACUAUUCCCAACGUAAAUCAGGCAACGAAAAUGAUACCGAUCCAAAUACUCCAAACACUCAAUUCCAGCCUCCCUUAAUGAUGAAUUCUUUGACAGCAGCUCCUCAAAGCUCUCCUAAAGCAGGUCUGACCAAAUCACACAUUGAUAGCUCUCCCAAAGCAGGUCCCAAAUCACACAUUGAUAGCCCUGCCCAAAAUCAAUUCCCUGAAUCAAACACAGAUUCGAAUAAUCAAUCGAGCCCAAAAAGACCUCGUAUUUUCAUCAAUAGCAUUAGGAUUGGUAGACCACAAAGAGACCCUAAGGAAGUUACUGAGCCGAAAGAAAAUGGAAUACCCUCAAAUAAUAUAUCUCAGGUAUCAGAUCAACUCCCUCAAGCUUCACCAAGGAAAAAUGACUCUACCAAUGUGCAAACUGAAAACCCUUCUCCUUCAUUGACUUUUCAAACUAAUUCAAAUAUCAGUAACCUUGAAAAAUCCCAGGAACUCAAGUCUGGUGCUGAUGAGGGGAAUAUCAGUAACUCGGUUAAUAUGAAUGAAGCUAUAUCAAAGACUUCACAGAACUUAAAUGGUCUGAAUCCAAUUGUUUCUCAAGCAUCCGAUAAACCUAAACCUGCCACAAAUUUGAUCACCGAAGAAACUUUGAACAAGCCAAUAGCAAGAAGAUUUAUUGCAGUCCCCGGUAGUGGCGACUUCAAUGAUAAAAAGCCAUCCAAAAAGCCAUCCAAUGGGUCUAGCGACAGAGCCGACCAUGAAGUAAUUAGCCUGUCGACACCUGAAAAGAAGAAAUCUCAUGAGAACAGUUCAUCUGCUAUUAAUCAACAAGAGAAAGUUGGUAACAAUGUUGAAAAGGGAAUGGAUACUGAAAAUAAUGACAGCAAGAAAGUUUUGAAUGCAUCACAAUCUCUGACUCCAAGCGAUGCUUCAGGAAGGACUCCAUUAGUGGAUUUGUCUCAAGUUAAAUUUCAAAAAAAGGAAGUGAAUGGCAAAACAUUUGUUGAUAUUACAUCUGGAAGCUCUUCUGGUUCUGAUUCGGAUUCUGAUUCUAGUUCUGGCUCUGGCUCUGGCUCUGGCUCCUCUGAUUCUAAUUCUGAUUCUGACUCAGAUUCUGACUCCGGUUCAGACUCAGAUUCUGAACCUGAAUCAGAAUCUAAGUCUAAGCCUGUCUCAAACGAAAAGAAAGACGCUUCAAGUCCAAAAUCAAAGCAGUCGGGGUCAAGUAAUGAGGAAACAGGAACACUGGAUCGCACUGAGAAUAACCAAGAAACCGUCGGAGUUGUACAGAGUUCUAAUGUUCCUAAAAGCAAGGCAGCUUCGUCUAAUAGCGAGAUAAGUAAGAACUCUUCUUCCGUUCCUCAACCUCAAAAUUCGCCUGAUAAACCGACUACUGUCUCUUCUCAGCCUUCAAAUACAAAUAAAUCUCAGGCAAUCCCUGAACCGCAACUUAUAGAGGUCAUAAGCAGUGGAUCUGAGUCUAGCAGUGGCUCCGGUUCCAGUUCGGAUUCUAGCUCCAGCUCUAGUUCUGGUUCUGGUUCUGGGUCAGAUUCGGACUCAGGUUCCGAUUCAGAUUCGAGCUCUGGUUCUGGGUCAAGCUCUGAUUCUGGUUCUGGGUCAAGCUCCAGCUCUGGUUCGGAUUCGGAUUCAGACUCAGACUCAUCUAGCGACUCAGACGUUGAACCUGUUCAGAAAAAACAACGUUUGGCUCCAACUAUAGAAGACUCUGCCACUCCAUCUGCAAAAGCCACUCCAUCUGCAAAGGCCUCUCCAUCUGCAAAGGCCUCUUCAUCUGCCAAAGCUCAAUCAGUUCUCACGUCUGCACCUCCACGAUCCCCUAAAUACAUCGUUUACAGAAGUGAAAAAGAACAACAGAGGAAGAAUUCUCUAGAGAGCGGUAUCCAACACUUACCAAAGAAGCCAGAAUUUUCAGCACAACCAGUUCCAAAACCUAACCAGAUAAGGAAGCCAGUUUUGAAUUCUUUGACAGACCUUGCCAAAAGAGGAGUUCCUGAAGUAAAAGAUGCACGUUUUGGAUCAGCUGAAAAGGAAACUCCUAGAAAACUGUUCGGCGAUUUAAUUAAGAAAUCCGAUUCCAAAAGUGAUAAUUCAAGCUCUGAUUCUAGUUCUGAUUCUGAUUCUGGGUCGGGGUCUGAUUCUGAUUCUAAUUCUGGAUCUAAUUCUGACUCGGAUUCUGAUUCUAGCUCCGAUUCGUCUGAUGACUCUGAACAAGAAUCCAAAUUCGUUAGUUUAAAGAAAUUGGCUAAAAAGAGAAAUCCUACGAAGAAAAAGAGCGGAGGGGGAUUUUCUGCAUUAAUGAAAGAUGUUAAGCAUUGAUUAUAAUCUAUUGAUCAAUAUAAUAUUAAAAGGAGUACAAUAUAUACUUUAAGUAAAUAAACC